AUGGCGCAACAAAUCCUACGAGGCAACAAAGUCCACACAUUGGAAACAGCCGCCGAGUCGGAAGACAAUCUUCUUCUUGUAUCCAAGCAUCGAAAUGAAGCGGAGCGAUUCAAGUUGGAACUAUGGCAUCAAAGGCAAUUAAUUGCAGCCUUGAUCAGAUACCAUCUUCGCUUACAUCCAGACGAUACCUGCACAGUCCUGCCAGCCGAGACUUGGAUACAGGGCAAAUUCAACGUUUGCAUUUUGGUCCUUGUGAAGGCGGGUGAAUCGAUUAAGAAGCUUAUUUUCCGUUGCCCAAUUCCUUUCGUGGAAAGGCAAUAUCCCGGCACGAUCGACGAGAAGGUCAACUGUGAAGUGGCAACAUACAUCUGGAUGCAGGAGCAUUGCCCUGAUAUUCGCAUUCCGGAUCUUUUUGCAUUUGGCUUUACAGAUGGUACCUAUUUUAUACGCGUUCAGCAGACAUCAAUCUACACCAGCCUGUGGCGCAAGGCCUGGCAGUGGGUAUAUCGGUGUCUUCGCUAUCCAAUUCUCUCAGACUACAUUCGGGACUCAGGUGCUCCAGCCGUCAAUUCCGCAUAUAUGCUUUUGGAAUAUAUAGGUCCCGAGACGGGAAAAAUGCUCUCGCUCACCUGGCCUGAUCACUUGUCAGACACAGCACGCAGAAAAAAUCUGUUCGCGAGCAUGGCUCGAAUUGUGCUUUCGCUUGCACGGCUUCCACAGCCGUACAUCGGAUCUUUCAAAUUCAACACACUAGACUGCACAGUCGCGCUCUCGAAUCGGCCUCUCACUUGUACCAUGGCAAUUUUCGAGCAACGAGGCACACCGAGAACGAUUCCACGAGACAGACUCUACCAGAGCACAGAUAGUUUCGCGUCUGAUAUGCUGACACUGCAUGACACGCACUUUUUACACGACCCACACGCUGUGCGAGACGAGGAUGACGCCAAAGAGCGUAUGACUCUUCGGACAUUACUUCGCGCAGUCUCGCAUUUCUUUAUCUUGCCUGAGCGACGGAGUGGCCCUUACCUUGUGCAACCAACCGACUUUCAUCAAAGCAAUAUUCUCGUGGACGAGGAGUGGAAUAUUACUUGCUUGAUUGAUCUUGAAUGGUUUUGCGCGCUGCCGGUGGAGAUGAUGGCUGUUCCGCAUUGGCUUACAAAUUGCAGCAUUGAUACGAUUAUUGACGAUCAGUAUGAGCCGUUUGAUAACGCGCGAAAGGAGUUUCUGGCAAGCAUGGACAAGGAACUACCACAUGUGCAGGUGGAACAUGACAUUCAAAUCACAAAAAUAAUGAGAGAUACAUGGGAAUCAAAGGGAGUGUGGUAUUGGGCGUGUAUAAGGUCCUUGAAUGGCUGGCUAUUCGUCAUUGAGGAUCAUAUCCUCCCCAAAUUUUCAACAGCUAAAGAAUUGGCCAAGGACCUCAAACAGAUGUCUUUGUUUUGGCAGGAAGAUGCCAGUGAGCAUAUCAGAACGAAAGUUGCCGAUGAACAUAGAUAUCAAUCAGAGCUCCAGUCUUUAUUCGAGCAUAGCACAUGA